CACACCCAUAGCCACACCAAAACUCUUCUACAUACACACACAGACACACUCAAACAAAGCAAUAAAACUCUAUCACACACACACACAUAUACCCAAGACAAAAAAAAAGUUUUUAUUAUAUUUUGCUUUACCAAUUUAUCCCUUGGAAAAUUGUUUUGCACCAAGUUAUUUAGUAAGUUAAGUUCUUGUCCCUCAUUUUAUGAGGUUACGAGUUUGGGGUUGGGGGAGAAGCCACUGCUCUGAAGUCAUAUGAUCAACCAAGGUGGAGAGGGCAUCCUGACAGGGAUCUCUAUUCUAGAAGCAAUGGAUAACAACAGGGGAAGGGCCACAUGAUGGGAGAGAUGCCAGCCUCAAACACCCUAUAAAAAGCGGUAACUUACUGUCUCUCUCUUCUAAUAGAAAGCAACCCUUGGGGCCAAAAUCUUUUAAAAAAUGUACUGCUAUAUCUUGAGUGCCCAGAGCAAUACCUGGCACAGUAAGUGCUCAGUAAGUAUUUGCUGAAUAGAUGGAGCUAGGUACUGGUCCACUUUGGUGCCUCUAGGAGUGCUCCUCUCGCCAUAGGAAACAUGCUCAGAAGUAGGAAGUUCGGGGUAACAUAAACUUGUAACUUCAUUCUCUUCUCUUUGACUUGUCACCCUUGAGCAUUUGAGACUGAAUUGCGAAAGUCUUAGAGAGAACAGGUAGGGGAAAGAUUGGCCCAUUUCUCCCAAGCCACCUGUCUCUUUCCCCACUGGUAGGGUCUGAAUGUGGCAUCAACUAGUAUGUUAGAAUUCAUCUUUGGCCUGGGACAGGCAUGCCUUCUAAGAAUCCUACCAUGAAAGAUUUAUAAACAUAAGAAUCCUUAAUUUAUCUGUUAUGUAAAUCCAGAUUUAUUAACUGGAUUUGUUUAAAUCAAAAUUAUUUGUGCUAUAGAUCUCACAUUGUCAACAGAUCCUACAGCUGGUCUGUUUUUUUUGCUCAUAAGCUGAAAGAGAAUUAGGAGUGAGUUAAAACGAAAAAUGGUUUGAAAUUCUCAUAGUCCUCUCAGCAAAGCCCUGCUGAUUGAUACAAUAAACCACUGCUAAAGCAGCAUUAACAAUAGUGGACCAUUUUGGAUAUUAUCUGUGUGUAGAAAGACACAGAGUUUGACUCUGUUUAGAAAAUCAGAUGCUAAAUAGCUCCUGAAACCGGGUAGCUUGUUAUGAAAACAGAGGGGUGGUAGGCCCUUCUAAUUGGCCAGAGUAUUUACCCAGAGGUCUGGCUUUCACAUAAAAGGCAGGAGGAACCACUGGAGUCAGUCCCCGCUUCCAGUAAGAGGUUAAGGUAAAACAGAAAAAAGGAAGAUGGCAAGAAUAUUGUUACUUUUCCUCCCGGGUCUUGUGGCUGUGUGUGCUGUGCAUGGAAUAUUUAUGGACCGUCUAGCUUCCAAGAAGCUCUGUGCAGAUGAUGAGUGUGUCUAUACUAUUUCUCUGGCUAGAGCUCAAGAAGAUUAUAAUGCCCCGGACUGUAGAUUCAUUAAUGUUAAAAAAGGGCAGCAGAUCUAUGUGUACUCAAAGCUGGUAAAAGAAAACGAAGCUGGAGAAUUUUGGGCUGGCAGUGUUUAUGGCGAUGGCCAGGACGAGAUGGGAGUCGUGGGUUAUUUCCCCAGCAACUUGGUCAAGGAGCAGCGUGUGUACCAGGAAGCUACCAAGGAAGUUCCCACCACGGAUAUUGACUUCUUCUGCGAGUAAUACAUUGGUUAAAACUGCAAAUAGAAAGAAAACACCAAAAAUAAAGAAAAGAGCAAAAGUGACCAAAAAAUGCAUGUCUGUAAUUUCUCACUGACAUUUUAAGGAUCUGUUACCUUAUAGAAGAGCAAGGGCUUAGGGGUUGGAGGUGGCAGAUAAAAGAGGAUUUUCAACUCAAAACUUGUUUCCUGCUGGCCUGGUCUUCCCACGAGCUAGAGCGGGGAAAUGUUGAGCUCAAAUGGGUAAAUUGAGACCCGAAAAUUAUUUUUUCAACCUAGAGAAUCUCCUCUUACAGGGGGAUGCAUAUAAAAGAUCAUGUAUGUGUAGUUAUUUCUAAGUAGUGAUUCUUCCCAGCUCUUUGAUUUCCCGUAUAUAAAAUAGGUGGGUCAUAGGUGGGUCAUGUUCCCUUUAGACAUGACAUUUUCUACUCAUUUGUCUUUCUGGCCAAUUGGAUUAUUAAUAAAGGGGCUGUUUUAUCAAGGAG